UUCAGCACCGAGUACUACUUUACAGCUCUUUUAAUUUUUUGACUUGGACACUCAGCAUCAUCUUUCAGAUUUUUGUCUCAUAUUAUAGCUACAGAAUGGCACUUUGGAAAUAUAUCGCUUUAUUGAGUCCAUUCCUUUUUUUCUCCCAAAUUUGUUCAAUGCCAACAAAAUGCAUCCUGCGGCAGACGCUUGUGAAAGAAACUCACAGUCUACUUGAGAAUAUGGGAGGUCUUUUUCCUCGUGAAUGCUUGGAAGAAAACGUCAAAAUAACCUUCCCGAAAUCUGCACUGCAAUCAAAUGACUCCAGUCAGAACAUUGUUGUGACAAAGGCAGUGUAUAAAAUCAUGGAGCACAUUGAUUUCCUGUUUGCUAACGACAGUUAUCCAGAGUCCUGGAACCAGCUGAAAGUUGAGCAUUUUCAAAACAUAGUUUCCCGUUUAACUGGCGAGAAAAAAUGUAUUAUGGGGAGAAAGCACGGACCCGUGGAUGAUUUUCCAGCAAGAGACAAUGCUCUGAAAACCUUCUUUGAUAAACUGGCCACUCUCCUCAGAGACAAGGACCACAGUGUCUGCGCAUGGGAGGUGGUUCGAAAGGAGCUCCUGUGUGUUCUCCGUGACAUUCUCAAGCUUAAAUUAUUCAAAAUGUAGUUCUCUGUAGACUGACUAUUUAUUUAUUUAUUUAUUUAUUUAUUAUUUAUUUAUGUAUUUAUUUAUUAUUUAUUUAUUAUUUAUUUAUUUGAUUGAUUUGUAAACCAUUCAAUCACUGUACUGAACACUCAAUAAAAACUCAAUGCAACUGAAGACAA